AUGGCCGGUGGAAGACGUCUGGUCAAACAGCCGUGUUUGCCGACCGUACGGCGUCAAUUAGCCGCUUGUUUCUGGCAUGCACACCUCGCCACUUGUCAACUUGUCAUUUGUCACUCGCCGUGCGCCAUUUGCAUGCAUUUGAAUCGGCAGUCGGCCUGUUUCAGAAUCCACAAAAUGUUGCGAUGAACGUCUUCUGGAUCGUCCUGGUGCCAUGCUUCACCGCAUUCCUCGUUCCGGAAUCAGUCCCUAUAGGACACGUCGUCGGCUACAUCUCUGGCAAACCGGAGGUCUCCACUCAGCCACGAUAUUUUGUCGUUUUUCCUGACGAACAAACGUCUAAGGUGAGCUACAAUUUGAUAAUAUCCUCAAUUUACUUCCUCCCAACUAUGACGUCACACAUGAAGAAACCGAUCAUGAAUUUUACCUUGAAAUGUUCUAUUCGAAGACUUUUUGUCUUGACUCCUUUCGCAACGACCUUCGGUUUCUCAAAUGAUUAAGUUUUGCUCUUAUGCGACGCGAUUUCAUGAGCCUUCCAUCAAAAACGCUUUUCAAUCGGAAAUAAAUUCGGCCUUUUAACUCCAAACGAAGUUCAGAAUAGGAGCUAGGAAAAAGUCUGAGAAGCAGCUAUUCUCUGAGAUUCUACCAAAUUUGGUUAUUGGGCGUGAGAAGCUCCGUUUUUUGGGGUGGCUCUAGGACUUCAGCCUAACAUUAUGGAAUUUCGAGCUAAUGAGCGCAACGGAGGUCUUUGGGGAAUUCAGCUGAUGGCAGGUGGUCUAGUGCGUUCCAACCAAUAGAAAAUGAACUAUUCUGGCAGACGAAAUUUAGUUUUAGCUGUUUCUUUUACAAAAGAAGAGCUCAUAUCUUCAUGGUCUGCAUUGAAACAAAUUGAAUUUCGUGAAACAAUUUUAGAUGUUAGUCGAGAUUCUUCACCUUGAAAGAUAGUUGUUUGGUUUUCAAAGUAGGCUUCGGACAUUAUCCCAGUGACAAAAGUAGUGUCAAACGAACAGAAAGGUGUUUUCUGGUGGUGCGAAUGAGACUAAUUGACCCGGGGGGGCAGAUGUCGCAUAGAAUAUUCUGGAAUUCGUCAUUACGCAUCCCGAGGCCCAAGCAACAUGUCCGUCUGGUCACCGCCUCUGAUUCAAUUUUCGGCAGCGCGGCCUGAUUGUCGUCGUCCGAUGGAGGAGGCCCAAAGGAGCCGUCCAUCUUAACUUUUGCUGAGUCAUUCUAAUGGCCAGUCGCUACUCCGAAAGACUUGAAUUCAGGACCGCAAUUGUUUUUGUGUCAGAACUGUUUCCAGGUUCCGAAGACAACUAAAAAUAUUUUUCGAUGGGAGAGAAAAACCGGAAGAACAUUUUUUCCUACUUAUCUAUCGAAAAAAGUUUCUCAUAAAAAAACCGUUCUCCAUCUGCAAAAUAGCAUUUCCAGUUGGCGGUAUAAGUAUGAUUUGAAUCUUAAAAUUUUCAGUUUUUAAAAGUCGAUGAAGCAUCUGGUGAAAUCUCGACGGUUUCACUUCUGGACUACGAGAAACGGAGUCGGUUCGAAAUUUUGGCUGUACCUGUGCAGGGCGCCGACGGCAUUCAGAUCAUCGUCGACGUCGACGACGAGAACGACAACGCCCCUAAGUUUGCCGACGAGUCCCUCUUUGUCCGUUCCUUUUUUUUUCUUGUAAAGGGAAAUCUUUUCAGCUGGAGAUAUCAGAAUACGCACACAUCGGCUCGGAAUUUGCUCUACCAGUAGCUUUUGAUGGAGAUGGACCUAAGUACGACGUGCACAAAUAUCACAUCGUCCAGGGAAAUGUCAACAACGUUUUCAAAGUGAGAAUUGAAUGAAUGAUUGAGAAAACAAAGAUCUUCCGAAUGCCUCAAAUUUUUUCAGAUUUCAACACGUCGCCUUCACGAUGUCCUUUACGCAGACCUUGUGGUGAAUGGACAAUUGGACCGCGAGUACCGGGACAAGUACGAACUACUGGUGGAGGCUCUCGACGGCGGGAAUCCUCCGAAGUGAGUUCCGAAGUUGGUGGGGAGCUAAACGGGAGGUUUCAGAAGCGGUCAACUGCGGGUUUCCAUUAAGAUCCUUGACGCCAACGACAACGCGCCUUUAUUCACACAAUCUCGUUACUCAACCACCGUAGCCGCUAACAUUUCAGUCGGUUCGUGGUUAGACAUAAAAAAAUCAAUGAAAAAAAGUGAUAGAUUUUUUUCAUUAACUUUAUUCCAGGCUCCACAAUAGUCACAGUGAAAGCUACCGACGCCGAUACCGAACAAAAAUGCUCGCAUAACGUAUCAUUUGAAAAAAGGUUUAGACAACAAAAAAAUAAAUCGAAGAAACAUUUUUCAUAGUACCUUUCAUUUGCAGCUUAAUCUUAUCUUUCGAUUUCUCCAAUAUAUUUGUUUUUUCCGAAAACUUCCAAGAUCUGUUUUUUGAAAUAGAUUUUUUCAAAAAUCACUGGAUGAACCCGUACAGACAUAUCAAUCCCUUAAUUUUUCAGUCAAGAUUGAUUUCAUAGAGUUUUUUUUUAUCUUUUUAUUAUUACUAGAAAAAUGAAAAUAAAAAUCGCUAAAAUUCAGUUGGAAGCUUAUUCAAUCUCCGGUUCUAGAGGUAGGGGACGUGCCGGGAUUCAUAUUUUUUUUUGCCUUUGAGAAGGAAAAAUUCUUCUAAACGCGUUUUCUUAUAUGUUUAUGAUAACUAUUAGUGAAGGUGACCACUUUUAAAACGUUUCAAGCACUUCAUAGGUAAAACUGAAAAGUUCCUUUGAGGAUCCUUAAAGGAUCCUGAGAUCUCUCUCGAGAGGGAGAUAAAAAGCUUUCUCUAAAAGCUCCUAAAAUGAUGUAAAGAAGCUUUUGAGCGCCUUUUUCAUAGCCUCAGAGGAUCCUUUUUGAAUCCUCUCGAUCUUUUUAGUUGCUUUCCAGCAUCCUUUUUGUCAGAGGAUAUGAGAAAGAUGCAAAAAAGAAUUGAAAUGAUGUAAAAAAGAUCUGCUGGGGACCCUUUCAAGGUCUUUUUUUGAAAAAAGCUUUUGGGGAGCUUUUCAGUUUUGCCCGAGCACGGUGUUUUUUUCAUUACGCAAGGUCAAGACUUUUCGUAAAUUAUGAUGCUUAGGGUGUAAGCACACCGAGACGCACUAUCGCAUACUCAAAAUGCUUUUUUUCAAUUUUAGAAUUUGCGAUUUCAGGAUAAUAGCUCCUGAAAUAUUCGAAAUUUGUCAGUUUGAAGAAUAUGAUGUGAAAAAAACAUUCACUUACAUUAAAAAAACAUUUAGGAUUGAUUUCGAAAGGGGAAAACUCUAAAUUACUGAUUACAAAAUAAAAACAAAAAAUAUUAUGUAAAUGAAUCAGCUUCCAUUGAAUAAGCAUUCAUAAAUACGAAAAAAAUAUUGAAAUGAGGAAAAAUUCGAGGAGCAAAUGAAAAAAAAAACAUUUUAUAUACCUCGAAAACCUAGCUUCAGAAAAACAAGUAAUGGAUAGAAAGCAGAAAUUUUAGAAAAAAAAACCUCGUAUGGCGAAAUUUUUUUGUUUAAAUCCGAAAACCAUCAAAAAAACUAGAAAAAAAUAUAUAAUUUAGAUGAUGCAUAUAUCAAAAAUCAUUAAACUGCAUCAGCAAAUUCAAUUUGGCUCUAAUUUACACGAAACCGGUUUCAAACUACGUCAAAGGAACUAGAUAAUAACUUUUUUUAUCAUUAACUGAUUAAAUUAAAAAAACUAUAGUUUCCGAAACAGAGUUACUCUUUUUCAUGUCGCGAAACAGAUUUCAAAAAUUUUUGAAAAAAAUUAGGACUUUUUAGAAAAAAAUCUUCAACUAUUUUGAGAAAAAAAGUUAAAGAUCUGAAACCGGUUUAGAAAAAGUGCGCAAUUUAAAAACUCCACAAAAAUGUACCCAUAGAGAGGCGGAUCACAUAAAUGCAAGAAAUAGAAAAAAGUAAAAAACCAAUGAAAAAAGUGAAGAAAUUCAAUUUUUGCAUCAGAAACGAUGAGAAGGGCGCAAUGAUGCGCCACGGAUAAUAUGCCGCUGGGACCCAAAAUUUCGCAUUUUUUUUUUCAUUGCGCGGAACACCGUGCGAGUUUUGUGCAAGUUUUUGAAUAACCGUUUAAAAAUGAACAAUGGUGUGAGUUUUAUGCGUAGAUUUGUUUCAAACAAAAGCAUCAUGAUGAGAGACGAUGCGCCAAAGUGAAAAAGAAAACGGAAUAUAUAAGUUUCAAUAAAUUAUAAAGGCCAAAAAGGACAGAGACACCCAGUGCGUUUCUGCUGAAUGCGCGAGUGACGCGCCAUCUGUUUCCGAGCUUUUUAAACAUUUUUUCAUUAAAUAAUGUAUAGCUCAUUCCAUUUAUUAAAAAAAUAAAAAAAGAAGAAAGAUGAAAUUUUGAAAAAAAUUAGAAGUCUAAAAAAAUUUUUUUUUAUAAAAAGAUGAAUUCUCGAACUUAUCAGCCAAGUUUCGCCAUUAUCGCGCGCCAUGGACAUAGCUCGUAAAUAACGCCGGCGCGCCAAAAUUCGAAAAAUUCUGAUUUUUUUUUUCUUAUUUCUUUUCUCAUUUUGCGAUUUUCAAAGUAAUUUCUGGGAAUUUUUGUCUCUGCUUUUCCGAAAUUAAGUGAUAUUUUCCACUCCCUGAUGACUGGACUUGGCUCGUGAUGGCUGGACUUGGCUCGGCUAUUUUGCAUUUUGCGAUACUUUUUAACACGGAAUAUGCUUUUUGGUGUCCUUUUUGAUUUCUCCCUGACAUUUUUUCGCAAUUAAUCAAUUCAUUACGUUACUUAGAAAAAUAUUUUUUUGUUUUUUUGUUCAUUUUUUUCCCUCGCAUACCACAAAUGUUUUUAAAUAAUCUGCGGUAUAUACCUAAGAUACUUUCCUAGUUGUUAGAACACAGAAUAAUCACCUCUGUAUGGUUUUGAAUUAGACUUUUCUGGCGGCAUUCUUCGAAAUAACUUUUUUUGCAGAUAUCUUAAAGGAAAAAUUAAUUUGUAUUUCACGGACUUUUUCCAGACGAACUCGCCUUCCAACUUGUUUUUCUCAAUAUCGUCCUCGAGCGGAGUGCUGACAACAACAGGACAUCUUCUGCCAGCCUCCGUUCAUGACGUCAUCGUGGUGGCAUCGGAUGGAGGAUCGCCUUCACUGCAGUCUACAGCAGUCGUGUCGGUCGUCGUCCAAGGAGCCACUUUGACGCCUCCAGCCAUCGACCUCAUUUGGCUGACGGAAGCCUCGGCCGCACAUCUUCUGGAGAAUGCGACACUCGGCUCCAUCGUCGCCCGUGUCAGCCUUAACGAGGAGCACAAGGACUGGUUAGUACUCUCAAGUGUGACGCCAUAAAAUGUAUUCGACUUUUUAUUAUUAUUUCGAACGGUGCAAUAAGAAAUUCAAAAAUUCGGUCAGUUUUAGAAAAAGAAAAAAACAAAACAUUAGAAAAAAACGAGGGUUUUAACAAACUUGAUAUAUACGAUUUCUGUUAGUUUUAACAAAAAAAUAAAUAAAAUUUUUUUCUCUUGACUUUUUAUAUUCACGUUUUGAGCAAAGUGAAUAUCAAAAACGAACGAAAAAAAGUUCAUUAUAAGAAUAAAAAAUUACAAUGAAGUUAUAAAAAAAUAAUUAAAGGACAAUUAUAUAUUGAAAAAAAUAUUAUAGUUAUUUUAGAUGUUUUUUUAAACAGAUUUUUGUACUAAACGGUUUUCAGACAUUUUUGGUAGAACUUAUUUUCAUUGUAAGCUUUGAAGGGAUGUUUUGAAUAGUAUUUCCAAAAAAUGGAGAAAUUCCAUUUGCAGUGUUUUGGAGCUGUCCGGCUGUCAUUCUUUGUGUCUUCAACAAACGGAUUCUGCCCACGUUUACCUACUACUAGUGUGUGGAAACUUUGACAGGUAGAGGGUUUACCUCAAAGCUCAAAGAAAACGCUGGUCAUUCAGAGAAACGACCGAGGAAUUCCAUUUGAAGUUUUCCUUGAAACGGGACAACGCUGUGGUCCUGGAACAUCCACUCUUGCUCACCAUCGGUUGGUCUCCUCGUCGAGAAAAUCGAACGCAGCAAUUCAGGCGACGUCAACGACAACUGGCCGCUGUGGCGCAGCAACCCCGUCCAUCUCUCGUUGAACCGAACUGUCGGCGGGGGAAGGAUUCUGAGCGCCUCCGACGCCGACCUUGGCCAGAACGGCUGGGUCCGCUAUUCGGUGCUCGACACGAAUCUCGUCAGUAUCGACGCUGACACGGGCAGAUUGUUCAUUCCGAAGGAGGUGGGCAAGUUUGUGAAAAAACUGGCAUACGAAAGAGGAUUUCAGUUGGAUUGUGAUGUCGGACAGGAACUUCGAUUCCGUGUCAGAGCCGAAGAUGGAGGUGUGCCGCCGUUGUCCAGCGAUCUGCAGGUUUUUGAUUAUAUAUUUUCUGAAAUUUCAUGACCAAGUCCAGAAUAUGUCAAUAUUGUAGGUUUAGGCAGGCUAUAUUUCGUACGGGAGCUAACUAACCUAGAAUAGUCAAAAUGUAGCAUCUUCGUAUUAUUUUGCUACGCGCUCUCGUGCGUCAACCAAAAACUUUACUUUUCGAAAUUGAAAAAAAAAGAAAGGCUAUUCCUGAAAAGAUUUUGAAGUUAAAAUUCAUUUUUUAUUUUAAUCAAGACUUCCCCAUGUGAUUGAAGGUGACAGCGGACCUGUUGGACUUGGAAAGCCGACCGCCGACUUUCGAAAAGGCACUUUACGAGCUGGAAGUUCCCGAAGAUACGCCUAUCGGCACUUGUCUGGUCAAGGUUCGUUCAGAAUUAAUUGUCUCUUUUGGGGGCGCGUACGUCAAAGUCGGAGGGUCGGUCCCUGAGGCGAGAUCGCUCAUCCAAAAACCUUGGCUGCGAAAGGCCAAAUAUAUUCCGUUUGCUCAAAAUGGCUCGCGUUGGAAAGGGAGAACAAAGUUUUUCGCUGAAAAACUGACCUAUUCGUUCAGUAAAUUGGAAAAAAAAGCUCUUCAUUUUACAUUAUGAGGAAGUCCUAGCUUUGAUUAAGGUCUGA